AUGUCAGUUCAAAAUAUUCGUACAUUGAGGAAUCUUGCAUCAGAGUUACGUACGGCUAGUUCAACGGGAAAGUUAAAAGAUUCUCCAGCAAUUGAGUUCAUUUUGAAUCAAUAUAAGAAAUUUAAAGUAACUGAUCAGCAAUUGUGUAAAGCUCAAGAAGAAAUGAGAUAUAUGUCAGAAACUUACUUGUGUUACAUGAAAAGCUCUCGAAAGUAUAUGGAACUCCAUAAAAGUUAUCAAGGGAAAGGUGAGCGGACGACUGAAGAAACUGCCAAUUUAGUUGGAUUCAAACUUCCUCAUGAUCCUAAGUAGCUUAUGGCAUCAUGCAGAUUGAAAAUAAAUUUGUCAUUAGUCUUCUAGUUUGUUGCUUGUUAUUGCAAAGAUCUUGUUGUAUGGUUAAAUUACAAAACUUAAAAUGCCCGUUUGAACAUUUUGCAUUGGACAGGAUGCUCAGUUGCCAUCCUUGGCUUGGAUGUGAAGAGUUAAAUAAAGUUGAAUUUAUCAAGCAUUUAGGGAAAGGGGCUGUUAAAAAUGUGUCUUUAGUGAAAUGGAAUGAUAUCCCAAUUGUGGUUUCACUUCCAGCCAAUGCUGAAUAUAUGGAAGAUUUUAGAAAUGGAAUAGAGGCAUUAAAGUCAUUAAAUCCAAGCCAACAAGUCGUGCAGUUGAUUGGGUAUUGUGACGAGCCAGUUGCCCUUUAUACUGAAUAUCAUCCAUUCGGAAAUGCUGCUGAUUUCUUCACACAGUUUGGCUUAAAAAACCUUACAAUCGGCCAAAGCUUGGGAUUCUGCCUCCAGUAUUCAGAAAUUUUGAGAUAUUUACACAACCAUACAAGUGGACCAAGGGUAUUUUGUGAUUCUAACAGUUUAGAUAAACUUCUGAGCCAGCUACUGGUUACGUCUCAGUUAACUCUCAUCUUGAAUGACGCUGAUGCCUUACCAGUGGUGUUGGAUUCUUCAGGGAUAAAAUGUGGCCACAGACAACUGGAAGGUACGUUUGUUGCUCCUGAGCAACUGUGGCAUAUAGAAGGCGAGUUCAGUGAUGAUCUAAUGCCUGGCUACAAUGAAAAAACUGACAUCUGGAAAGCUGCAUCCGUAUGUGAUUAUUUUCUAAGACAGUCAGAUGAUGGAGAGAGUGUUCGAUACAGGCUUUUUGAUUUGCAUUCCCGAUGUAAACGUCAUGAUCCCAAAUUAAGACCAUCAGCCAAUGAAUUGAGAAAUGAAUAUAUUUCAGUUAUAAAUGAGUACAACAGCCAUUCUGAACUUUGAUUUUUGCAUAAUGUGCUAUGAAAUGUAAAUAAAAUAAUUGUAUCUAA